ACCGGCGGCGCCGGAGCCAAUCAGAAAAAAAAGCGUCCGGCGGGGCCCGCGGGCGCGUCCCGGUGGGGCGCAGCACUUUCGGUUCCUGUUGCGCGGGGGGCAGCGGCACGUGGCGGGGACCGGGCCGAACCGGAGGGAACCGGACCGAACCGGCGGGAACCGGCAUGAGGCGAGAGGGGCCCCGGCUGUAGCCGCCCGCAGGAUCCCAGCGCCAUGGCUGACGACGACCUGAGCGCCCGAGCCACCAAGAAGGGAGAUUUGGCACCCGGCGGCACCCGGGGCGGCGCGACCGAGUCGAGCACGUUGCUGCAGGGGCUGCAGGGCACCAUCUCGUAAGGGCAGCGCUCGCUCUCCCCCGGGCAGCUCUUCCCGUUAGUCUGAGCGUCACCCCGUCAAAUCCGUGCAGAACAAAGUGGACGCCAUCCUGCAAGAUGUCCAGAAGUUUUCGGACAACGACAAGCUCUACCUCUACCUCAAGCUGCCGUCGGGGCCGAGCCUGGGGGAGAAGAGCGGGAGCCUGGACCUGAGCUCGCUGAGCACGGCCGAGUACAUGCACGCGUGCAACUGGAUCCGGAACCACCUGGAAGAGCACACGGACACCUGCCUGCCCAAGCAGGACGUCUAUGACGCCUACAAGCGAUACUGCGACAACCUCUGCUGCCGCCCCCUGAGCGCCGCCAAUUUCGGCAAGAUCAUCCGGGAGAUCUUCCCCAAUAUCAAAGCCCGGCGGCUGGGGGGCCGCGGACAGUCGAAGUACUGCUACAGCGGGAUCCGGAGGAAGACGGUGGUCAGCCUGCCGCCCCUGCCCAGCCUGGACCUCAAAGUGACCGAGACCCAGCAGUCGGAGCUGGCGGACCUGGUGCAGUCGUACAGCAGCGAGGUGAUGGAGGCGGCCUGCGCCCUCACCUGCGACUGGGCCGAGAAGAUCCUCAAGCGCUCCUUCAACAACAUCGUGGAGGUGGCGCAGUUCCUCAUCCAGCAGCACAUCAUCAGCGCCCGCUCGCCCCGCGCCGACCUCGUCAUGGCCAUGGUGGUCUCGGAGCGCACGGAGAAGAGCCACCGUGAGAGCCGGACGCCAACGGCAGGGAAGAAGAACGGGCUGGACGCUGCUGAGAGCGGCGACAGGAACCAGGGGCAGACGGAGAGCGGCCCCAAGCCCCCCGUUCCACCCCGGCCAGAGAAGAAGAAACCCCCGGAGCCCCCCAGGACGGGCAGCAGCCCCCAGGUGAACGCCCUGGUCGCCCGCCUGCCCCUGCUCCUGCCCCGCGUCCCACCGGGCGACCGAUCGGCGCUACCCGGCGCCACCGUCCGCUCCUCCCCUCCCAUCCUGGCACCCAAAAUCACCGCUGCCCCCCUGGGGGCCACCGUGAAGGUGGCCCUGCCGCUGCCCGUGGGCACGGCGUCCCCCUCCCUGCCCCCCGGGGCCAAUGGGGCGGCCGGGCUGCUGAGCCAACAAGCCACCGUCCCCAUCCUCAACGUGCUGCUGCCCGGCGUGGGCGUCCCUGCCGCCGAGAGCCCCCCGAACCCCCGCGGCACGGCGGGCAGCGAGGGUCCCCAGGACUCACAGCGCCCCAAGGCCACCAAGCGUCCCCCGGAGCCGGCUGGUGACACCGCCCCGCAGAAGCGGAGGCGGGGGCGGCCGCGGAAGAGGCCGGAGGACGCGGGGGACACGGCGGAGCUUCAGCGCAGGGACGAUGGCGGUGGCUCUCCCGGUGGUGGCGGUGCCACCGGUCCCCUUGGGGACAGCCCGGCCGGGGGGUCCCUGCCCAGCCAGGUCAGCGUCAUCCAGGACGGCAGGCCCGGGGCCAAGGUCACCGAUGGCUGCAAGUUGGCACUGGAGGAGGGGACAGCACAGCAGAGCCCAGACCAGGCCAGGUCCCCCAUGGGUGACACCGGGGGCUCCUGCACCCCCCAGGAUGGGGGGGAUCCCCCCGCACAGCGUGAUGGACACACACAGGCAGGGACUGGUCCUGCUGCUGCCACCUCCCAGCCCUUGGAUGUGUCCCCGUGUGUCACUUUGUCCCAGGGGGGCUCGCCAGGGCUCUGUGCCCACCCUGGCACUUAGGGGGUGUCCCUUGCCUUGUCCCUUCAUUAAAAACCAAGUGCUCUGUC